AUGAUUGAUCAAUAUCCUACAACAUAUAAAAAUAUGAUAACAGGAAGUACUCGUCGACUUGUACUCGGCUUGUGUGCAAUCAUUUUCUUUAUUUUAUUCAUUAUUAAAGCACGAAAUUGCUAUUAUCCCGUGUUAUCAUUCACAAGUGAAAAAAAGGAAGCAUUUAACUCCCCAUCACAAGUCUCAUUCAUAGCUCAGACGUGCCCAUGGAAAUUUCUCAAUUACACUCCAAGUGCUUGGGAAACGUAUUGGUAUUCUAACAUUGAUAAUUUUCAAUAUGAAGUUUGUUCUACUCUUGCACAUCCUGAUCAAGUUAAUAUAACUAUCAAUGCUCUAAAUCGUAUUAUGUACCUACAGACAACUGUCUUCGAUAGACAUAUUCGAGCAAUGCCUAUUGAUCAGCAAUUUUCCAAGAUCUAUUAUCGUCAAUCAUGCUCUAACGAAGAACACAAUGCGAUGCAAUUGAUUGAGCCAUUGAUUGGUCUCAUUCGUGAUCCAUUAACCAUGUGUCCUGAAAUAUCUUCAGUGCCGUCUAAUCUCUAUCUUAAAGGUGAAUACGCUCUUCAAUCGAAACGUUUUCUUCUUCUUGCACCUUCGUCACCGUUUCAAAUUAAACCAUUUUUGUCAAAAGAUAUAACUCCACUUGCACCAUGGCUUUAUUCACUUGGUUCGAAAAAAAUUCUUAUGGACAUUGGAAGUUCAUAUUUUAAAAGUCGUAAUGGAAACACAGCUGAAAUUGGUACAAAAUGGUUUUAUGACUAUUUCAAAGAGAAAUCGAUUCGAUUUGAUCGUAUUAUUGCUUAUGAAUUCCAAAACUUAGAAACUCGUCGUGCUUGGGAAGAACUUCCCGAUGACGUUUAUCCUUUUUAUACACUUAUUAACGUUGGUGUCGAAGAAGAAACAGGCAGAUUUAAUCCUUGGACAAUGAUUGAAGCUAUAGCCAAUCCAGAGGAUUAUGUUGUCGUCAAGUUUGAUAUCGAUAAACCACCAUUGGAAAGCGCAUUAAUGAAACAAUUACUGGAUGAAAAUAGUAGAGCUCGAUAUUUAAUUGAUGAAUUCUUUUUUGAGAAACAUGUUUCUAACGAUCGAAAUUCUAAAGAAGAUAAAUUAAAAGAUUCAUAUGAACUGUUCACAAAAUUAAGACAGUAUGGCAUUCGAAUGCAUGGAUGGCCGUGA